UUGGGUGAAAUCAGUUGCCAUAAAUGUAAUUUCCAAGGCUACAUGAGACGUAAGCCCUGUAGACAUAAAGAUACAAUGAUGUCGGCUUAGAAAACAAUGGGUCAGGCGCUGUCAGAUGCCCUUUGCCCUAGGGGCUCUCCGGGGCAGACGCGCUUUCCCCCCAGCCCCGAGAGGGCGCUGUGGGCGAAUCCGCCGCAUUGCCAGCGGCGUCGGGGGGAGGAGCCUGUUCCGCAGCUGCGGCCGCCUCCGCGUUCUCAAACCCGGAAGACGCGUCCUGGCAGCUGGGAGCGUGCGCCGGCCCGGCCCGGCCAUGCAGGCUCUGGAGGUAGGUUUGGUUCCAGCUCCAGCGAGGGAGCCGAGACUGACUCGCUGGCUGCGGAGAGGCAGUGGGAUCUUGGCGCAUCUGGUAGCUUUGGGCUUCACCAUCUUUCUGACUGUGCUGUCCCGGCCAGGAACCAGUCUUUUCUCCUGGCACCCUGUAUUCAUGGCCUUGGCGGCCUCCAAGCUGGGCCUAAGGCUCACUGGCCCUCUCCUGUGUUCACAGUUCUGCCUCUGCAUGGCUGAGGCCAUCCUACUCUUCUCACCUGAGCACUCCCCGUUCUUCUUCUGUUCCCGAAAGGCCCGGAUCGGACUCCACUGGGCGGGGCAGACCCUAGCCAUCCUCUGUGCAGCCCUGGGCCUGGGCUUCAUCGUCUCCAGCAGGACCCGCAGUGAGCUGCCCCACCUGGUGUCCUGGCACAGCUGGGUAGGGGCGCUAACACUGCUGGCCACUGGCGGCCAAGCACUGUGUGGCCUCUGCCUCCUCUUUCCCCGGGCAGCCAGGGUCUCAAGGGUGGCUCGCCUCAAGCUCUACCAUCUGACAUGUGGACUGGUGGUCUACCUGAUGGCUACGGUAACGGUGCUCCUGGCCAUGUACUCAGUGUGGUUCCAGGCCCAGAUCAAAGGUGCAGCCUGGUACCUGUGCCUGGCAUUGCCCCUCUAUCCGGCCUUGGUGAUCAUGCACCAGAUCUCCAGCUCCUACUUGCCAAGGAAGAAAAUGGAAAUGUGAGUGCCUCCAAACUCUGAAUCUAGAUGGGACACUUGACCUGGACGUCAGUGGUUCCCUUGGUGAACUUCAAGGGAUCCACUCCCAAAUUGAUAGGGUUUUUGUACUUCUUAGCUGGGCCAAGGGCUGCAGAAACCCAUACAACGAUUGUAGACAUGAUUCAGUGGACCGAAAUGGGGACAUGUACUGGAUGCAAGUAAAAGGUGAUGGGGAGCUUGAUCCUGAAGCUUCCAUUCUUGAUGGAAGACAGAAGGGUUGUGUGGUGGUGGUGGUGGUGGUGGUGUGGUCAUUUCUUACUUGCAUGCCUGAUGAAGAGUUGGGUUCCUGUAACUUAGGAAUAGCACCUGUGGCUUCCUGGGUCACUUUUGAGAAAGCCGUGUGUUGUAGUGGACAGAGCCCAUGGGUCUUGUUUAGGUGUUAUGGUCCUCCUAGGCUCUAUUAUGUGACUUUAGGCAAGUCACGUGUCUCAGGACCUCAGUUUCUUCAUCUGUGUAAUGAAUGAGUAUUUCUAAAUGAUCUCUAACAUCCAGUGUCUGUCAGGUUGAUGUCACAGAACACCUGUCCAGCUCUGGACCAUGGGCUGGACCACUCAGCAGAUUCAGGAUGUAAUUCUUACAUUCAUCAUCCCCUUAUCCCUCUGGAGGGACAGGUCUGCCCUCCUGGCCCGGCAGGAAUCUCUGCUGAUUUGGCCCCUGGACCAGGGCACAGGGAUCAGGCACUGUGGAGAGAAGGAGCUCAGGUGAGGGUCUGCUGAAGUCCAGAGAAUAAAGGCACUACGGUCACUUUAAAACUUUGGGAGGAGCAGAAAGGCCUUGGCUUAGCCAAGCCUUUGGCUCCUGGCUGGGCUUCUUGGUCCAGCUGGUCUUCCUUCAGCCCACCUCAGGAUCUGGGCUUGAGGCUGCAGGGCAUGGGUGCGCUCCUUCCCCUGACAUCCAUUCUCAGAGGCAAAGGAGUCCUGAGCAUCUCGUGGUUUACCCUUCUUGGGGCUCGGGUUCUUGCCUUAGCACACAGCUUUGGGGAGCUAUUCCAAAGCUUUUAGAACAAAAUAAAAACGAAGGAAGCGGAGCAGGGCCCUUUUGAUCUAGGGAAAACAGGGUCACCCUGGGCCCUCGUCUUACCUUGUCAGCUAAGCUUUCCUCUCUUGUCGUCUCUUGCCAGCUCUUUGACCCGGGAGCAGGCUGAGUUUGGUACCAGUUAGCAAAUAAGGCCUGGGCCCUCUUCCCUCCAGAGACCCCUUUUUGUUCCAAACUGAAAGUAGUUCCUCAAACUGCCCUCAGCAAUGAGGGCUGGAUGCCGGCUGGUUAACUGUGAUCUGGCUCAGGUGGGGAGAUGGGACCUACAUAGAUCAUGGCAAGGACUGAAGAUGGCCAGGCCGGGAGAGCCAGCUCAGUGGGACUCCGGGAGGCCUGGGGUGUAGGGGCUGGAGCUCCCUGUCUUGGGAGCAGAGGUAGGCAUUACUAGAUGGCAGCGUUUUGGAUGUUCCCGGUCUUUCGAAGAUGCAAACCUCUCUGGGAGGUGUGAUUUACCAGUACAGGAAUGGGGGCUGCAAAGGCAGAAGCGUCCUGAGUGGACUCACUAGGCUCCUUCUGGGUCAGAUGGCAUCUCUCAGCCCUGCGCAGCUAAAGGGGGCCCUGCUGUGCAGAGGGUGAUUGUUCCUGUCUUAUUGUCCUUUCUCCCUUCUCAAAGUACUCAGUGUGGUCUGAACUUGGGAGAGAUGGUUACUGGGGCUGCAUAGAGCAGAUUCUCACCUGGGGUCACUUUAAUCGGGGAUUUCAUUUCCUCUUUGCCCGUCACAGCCAGUGCUGGGAGUCUCGCCCUGUCUUUAGCAGGGAGAGGCUGGGUAAGGUUCACCAGGUUGCUCUGAGCUAAACAGGCAAUGCCAGAAAGCCUGCCUGAGGUGUUUCCUCCUCCCAGGUGGUGUGGGGCGUAGGGCGUGGGGGCGGGAGGUGGGGUGUUGUGGGCGGGUGGACAGGCUGGCUGACAGCCGGCAGUUUGCGUGGGUUGUGCCAGCUGAUGUCUAUUCCCAGCCCUGGGAGGAAGGGGGAAGUCAUUUAUAUUCUGCAGGAGGAAGGGGCCGCAGCUGUGCCUCUCUGACCAGUAGACCUGAAGGGCAGGGGCACAGGGCAGAGAGGAGGGCACACAGUUGGUCUCCUGUUUAGCCCGUCUGACUGCAGUAUAGGGAGUAGGUCACCAGGCGGAGCCCUUCUUCCCUGCUGGCCAGAUUGUUGGGGAGACUCCCCUCCCCUCUUUGUGUUUUUCCCUCCAUCACCACCUGCCCUCACAUCCUGGGGCGGCAGCUGGACAACCAUUAGACCUAAGUGCCAGGGCACUCGUCCUCCAGCUGGGAUCUUGGUCGCUGCCGGCUGCACAUGCGCCCUGCUUGUGUAUUUCCUCCUCCCUACCCGCUCUCUUCCCCCCACCUCCGCCUAUCUCCCCAUCUGGGGUAUUAGCUGGGCACCUUAAUGAUGAAGCAGAGGCCUCUGGGGAGAAGCAAAUGGCUGCCCUUUUGCCCUUGUCCCCUGACUAAGGAAAGCUGCUAGUAGUCAGCCUGUUUUGCCUUUUUAAAAAAGGCAGGGUGCUCAAAUUAAAAAAAAAAAAAAAAAAAAAAAGGCAUGUCAUUUGCACAAAUUUGCAUAUCAGGCUCACUAAGUCCUGAUUCUAAUUAUAUUCAGACUCAACCUUGAGGACAUUAGAAAGACAGGUUUUUGCAUCAAAAUCCAGAUGGCAAUAGGACAACCAUUCUGGGUUCAGAGGCUCCCAUCUUUCCUGGACCCCCCCCCCCCCCCCCGCCCCCCUGAGCCCCACCGGGGUGGUGUCGAAUGGCAGGAACUCUGCCUCUGGGGAGUCUUCCAGCCUCACCUUCCUGGCUCUUCAGCUGCAUCAAAGGUCGUCUGGUCGGUCCUGCCAGCCGGUGCCUCCUCUCUCCUCACCCUCUCACAGGGCAGACUGUCCCGCCCCACUCCGAUACUGGCCUGUCCCUUCUUUCUCAUUGUCCCCACCCUCCCACCCCCCGUGCAUGGCUGCCAUGGGUCUUGUUUUUAAAACCUCACUGUGGGAGAUCUGGGCAUCCUCCCGAGCCAGCUGGCUGCGGUGCCAAGGCCUGUUCAGCGUUAAUAAUAAUCAUUAGCCGAGCAGAGCAAGGCCUUUCAGCUGCAGAUCUCUAAGCACUUGCAGGCUGAGUCAGCCAGCCCUCGCCUUCCCCCUCCUUGGGCUGCAGUAUCACAGAUGGGAAGCGCAGUGGCAGGGAGGGGUCAGGAGUCUCACCUCCCAGCCGUGGCGGGAGGCUUCUGUCCUGUGGGAGUGGGUCCUGAGAUGCCUCUGAGUAAACGAAUAAGGCCUUUUCACCUGACAGUUCACGAUGUAGGGAACACAGUGCGUGCCCCGCUGACAAGGGUAAUAGCGGUGGUGACUGUUGACCUGACCCUCUAGUAGUACUGCUGCCUUCUCUUGUUUACCUGUCCCGGCCUCCAGGGCACAUCUCCGGUCCUGACGCCCGACCUCAGCCUUUUUGGUGGUCCUCUGCAGGCUUAAGGAGCACGGAGGCUCCCGCUGCCUGUGUCUGGUGGGCAGGAAGAGCCUGUGCGUCAUGAAGUGAAAAGUGUGUUGACCUGGGAAUGAGGAAACGUGCAGUGCGGGCUUACUCAGCCCCUCACACUGGUGUGGCCAUGAGCAAAUCACUUACUGCUCGACCUACCUCACAGGGCUGUUGUGAGGGUGAGACGACAGAAUGCAUGUGACCGGGCAUUGGAAAGUUCGAAGCAUUAAACACAUGUAAACAGGU